AUGCCGAAGCGUCAAGCAGAAGACGAGAAGGCCGCCGGCCCACUCAAGGGGGGGGAGCGCCCCGACGCCAUGGACGUUGACGACAAGGACAACGACAUGGGCGAGUUCGAGGAUGAGUUCGAGGAUGAGUUCAGCGAGGAGGAAAUUAUCGAGGCCGGCGUCGACGGCAGGCCGGACACUGAGCGGGAAGCCGAGGAGAUGGAAGUAGAUUCCGCUGCUCCUGAAACCUUCAUUGUCGGCAGGACAAAGCUAGAACCCGGCCAGACCCUUGUUCCUGAUGCGAGUACCUACCGCAUGCUGCACCACCUUAGCACGCCCUGGCCGUGUCUCUCGUUCGACAUCAUUCGCGAUGGCUUGGGCGAUAACCGCUCCGUUUAUCCUGUUACUAUGUACACAGUCGCCGGUACGCAGGCCGAUAGUGCGCGCGCCAAUGACAACUCCAUCAUGGUCAUGAAGUUCAGUGGCCUCAGCAAGAUGCAGGGCGGCGGCGAUGACAGCGACAGCGAUACUGAAUCCAGCGAUGACGACGACGAGGACGAUGACCCAAUCCUGGAACACAAGAGCAUCCCUCUAACCUCCACAACUAACCGAAUACGCGCCCACCAGACCCCCUCGCAAGAUUCAUCCAAGCCCCCCAUCACACUGGUCGCAACCAUGACCGAGUCUUCUAACGUCCUCAUCCACGAUAUCACCCCCCAUCUUACUUCGUUCGAUACCCCUGGCACUGUCAUCACCCCACAACAGAACAAGCCUGUGUGCACAAUCCGGGCGCAUAAGGUCGAGGGCUACGGCAUCGAUUGGUCACCUUUGCAUCCAGCUGGCAAACUGCUGACUGGCGAUUGUGAGGGCAUAAUCUACAUGACCACCCGUACCGACGGCGGUGGUUUCGUUACCGAUACACGCCCUUUCGUCGGGCAUCAGGGCAGUGUCGAGGAGAUUCAGUGGAGUCCCUCAGAGGCAUCUGUCUUUGCGUCUGCGUCUACCGACGGUACUGUGAGAGUUUGGGACAUCCGCAGUAAGGCGCGCAAGCCGGCCAUUACUAUGAAAAUUAGCGACGUCGAUGUAAACGUCAUGUCAUGGUCGCGGUUGACCACGCAUUUGCUGGCAUCUGGCGACGAUGCUGGGGUGUGGUCGGUGUGGGAUCUUAGACAAUGGAAGCCUGGCGCUGCCGGCGCUGCCGGCGCUGCUUCCUCAGUCGGCAAGCCAACACCCAUUGCAAGCUUCAACUUCCACAAGGAGCAGAUCACCAGUGUGGAGUGGCACCCGACAGAUGACAGUAUCGUGGCCGUGUCGGCUGGCGACAACACCGUCACACUGUGGGAUUUGUCGGUCGAGUUAGACGACGAGGAGAGCAAAGACACAGGCGGUGUGCAAGACGUACCGCCACAGCUUCUGUUCGUGCACUACCAGAAUCUAGCCAAAGAGGUGCACUGGCAUCCGCAAAUACCGGGUGUGUUGGUUGCCACUGGAGAGGAGUUUAGCGUGUUUAGAACGAUUAGCGUAUAG